AUGACAAGAGGAAAGAUAUUUGAGUAUAGAACUCAGCAAAGGAUGGAUAACAUAAUGAAAACAAAAGUCAAACAGGCCCCACUGCUCUGUGGCCAUGAAACUCUUCUGAAGAAAGAUGGAGAGUACAGCCCCGGUGUAGUCAGCAUUCAGUACGUAGAUAAUGUGUCCCAAGCAUAUUCUGCACACUUGCAUGACAGACCUAACGGCCUGGGUACAAUUCGUGGAGCUGAAACAUCCCAGUUACUGGGAGUAACUGGAGCGUGGAAUACAGAUCAGCUUGAGUCAGAAAACUCUUUGUGCCUCCCCCACUUCGGUGCAUCCCUGAGCCCGCAAGGGUGCAGGCUGAUGUCAGACGCCGAGCACCAGUCCCGGGAGACGAGCUCGACUGGGAGUGAGGAGCUAGGAGAAUUCAUGGAGGUGAAAGGUGCCAACAGCCCUGGGAUCCUUGUGCUGACCACAGGCCUCAGCAAACCCUUUAUGCGUCUGGAUAAAUACCCCACGUUACUCAAAGAACUUGAAAGGCACAUGGAGGAUUAUCAUCCGGAUCGUCCAGAUAUUCAAAAAUCCAUGACUGCCUUCAAAAAUCUUUCUGCACAAUGUCAAGAAGUACGGAAGCGGAAAGAACUUGAACUGCAAAUACUGACGGAAGCUAUCCGCUGCUGGGAGGGAGAGGAUAUUAAAACACUCGGCAAUGUGAUUUACAUGUCCCAGGUCAUGAUUCAGUGUGCUGGAAGUGAGGAAAAGAAUGAAAGGUAUCUUCUUCUCUUCCCUAACAUUUUGCUAAUGUUGUCUGCCAGCCCGAGAAUGAGUGGGUUUAUCUAUCAGGGAAAACUUCCAACGACAGGAAUGACUAUCACAAAGCUAGAAGACACUGAAAACCAUAAAAAUGCAUUUGAAAUAUCAGGAAAUAUGAUUGAAAGGAUACUGGUGUCUUGUAACAACCAACAAGAUUUGCAUGAAUGGGUGGAUCACCUUCAGAAGCAAACCAAAGUCACCACUGUUGGGAAUCCCACCAUUAAACCUCACUCUGUGCCAUCUCACACACUUCCUUCCCAUCCAGUAACACCCUCCAGCAAGCAUUCAGACAGCAAGCCAAUACCACUGACUCCUGCGUACCACACUCUCCCUCAUCCGUCACAUCAUGGAACUCCACACACCACGAUAAACUGGGGACCUCUGGAACCUCCAAAAACCCCCAAGCCUUGGAGUCUGAGCUGCUUACGGCCUGCACCUCCAUUACGGCCUUCAGCAGCGCUUUGUUAUAAAGAGGAUCUCAGUAAAAGCCCGAAAACCAUGAAAAAGCUGCUUCCCAAACGCAAACCAGAACGGAAGCCGUCAGAUGAAGAGUUUGCACUCAGAAAAAGUACAGCUGCUUUAGAAGAAGAUGCUCAAAUUCUUAAAGUCAUUGAAGCUUAUUGCACAAGUGCCAAAACACGUCAAACACUAAAUUCAACAUGGCAAGGCACUGACCUGAUGCAUAAUCACGUCUUGGCUGAUGAUGACCAAUCAAGUCUAGACUCCUUGGGUCGUCGCAGUAGCCUUUCUCGUUUGGAGCCUUCAGACCUCUCAGAAGACUCUGACUAUGACAGUAUAUGGACAGCCCAUAGUUACAGAAUGGGGUCUACAUCUCGUUCCCGUAAAGAAUCAGCUCCUCAAGUCCUGCUGCCAGAAGAAGAAAAAAUUAUUGUAGAAGAAACUAAAAGUAAUGGUCAGACUGUUAUAGAAGAGAAAAGUCUUGUUGACACAGUAUAUGCAUUAAAGGAUGAAGUACAGGAGUUAAGACAG